ACAGCUGGGCUGAUGAUAAAACGAACGAGGUGAAUGUUCUCCUAAAGCAGCAGGCUGACGAACUACGCAGCGAAACAGCGGAAAGGAGAUGAGAAAACAAGUGCGGAGAUACAUUAUUUCAAUUCCAGUCCAUUUUCAGUUAUCAUUGGAUCUCUGCAAUUCCGCAGGAUUAUGAAUUUAUGUAUUACAAAUGUUCGUCUUUGUUGUUCUUUGGAGACGAUAUUGCUUUCUGUGUAAUGUAUGGCGAAAAUUCCUCAUUGAUCCACUCUGACAUUACACAACAGAUACUUGCAAGCAACCUCUGCUCAGAAUGAUACCAUGUCUUUUAGGUAAAAGCUUAGGGAGAUGGAGGACAGGAUGGUACGUCUCAGCGCUAAAGAGUCUUUCGUCAAAUCAUGCUCUGAAGCCCCUCAUUCCCACCUUUUUCUUUUUGGUGGUGAUCAUAUACGGCCAGGCUGACAAACUUAGGAACUUUGUAGCUGGCAUAUUUGUUCCGCAGUACCACUACCCUUUUCCUGUUGCUCUCUGCUUCACCCAGGUUCUUGUUUCUAUCGUCUUCAUCAAUCUCCUCCAUGCCCUGGGUCUGGUGGCUCUCAGAUCUUACUCCACAUCGCUGGGCGAGAGGCUGCUGCUGCCUUCCAUCUGUAACAGUGUUCACUCUGUGCUGGUGAUGUGGGCCAAAGCCAUCAGCCCAUACGUAAGCCUCUUCCUCUUCACUGUGCCUCUGCUGCCUCUGCUGACCGUGGGUUUCAGUUUUGCCCUGAAGGUGGCAUCUCCACCAUCUCACCACUCAUCCGCAUUGAUUUCUGUCUUGAGUGGGAUGUUUGUUGUCAUCACAGCAUCUAAGGGGAUUCCUGGUAUUGAGCCUCUGGAGUACCUGUACGCACCUCUUGCUUUGACUCUCCACAGUCUAUCACUGAUCAACCUGGCAAAGGUUUCUGAGGUUGAACGCCAGAAGCCUCCUGGCAUCCAAGCCUCUGUUUUGGACAUCUACUAUGCCCAAUUGGUCAACCAGAGUGGCGUCCUGGGCUUCUUGUGGCUUCUGCACCCAGACAGUCCCUGGGAAGUGUUGAGACAGAGCAGUUGGCGCAAUCUGCUCUUCCACGGAUACCUGCUCGCCAUUGUCCUACUGGGAAUGGUUCUCAAUUUCCUGGUGUGCAUUUUUGCUCUCUGUGUCUCCCCACUUGCUGCUGCACUGCUAUAUUCAGCGAGGUAUAUGGUCCAGCCGUUUUUUCAGCUUUUGUAGUUUCCCUGUAUGAUAUAGAAACUCAGAAAUGCAGACUCUAUAAACUAUCUAUCACCACUAUCAAGGGUUUAAGUAGUAUUUAUAAUGGUGUUCAAUGAAAAGUCUUGGAUUGUAAAAAGAAAUUUGAAAAGAUUACCCUCAGGUGAAACCUCUAACAUUAAGCAGAUUAGAAUUGAGAUUUUUAGAUGAAAAGUGUUGCAUAGCCUACAGAAAUCAGCAGCUAAACUGAAAUGAAUAUCAGGAAACUUGCUACAGGGACCACAGGACCCAAUUUUGAAAAGGCAGUUAAAUACCAUUUCACCACCAUGGCCUGUUGCAUUGAGCAAAUUCCAAGAAACUAUUUGAUGUCUUCUAAGAGAGAGCUAAAAGUAAGAACUGGUUAUGGUGAAACCAUCUGUUCACAUGUUAUAUUAGGCAGAAUUGACAUGAGAAAUGUCUUUCAAAUUUGAUCUAAGCUGACUUUUGACGCUUAGUUUAAAUCCGUGUUACAUAUACCAACAUGUGACUUGCCUCUGUUUCAUGCAAGUUGAUAUUUUUGUAAGAACCUGCAGAACAGAAGAAGUAAAACAUUUGCCAAAAUGUGGUAAUGAGUAACUAGUGGCAGGAUCUAAGGACAAGGCAUAGAUUAGAUAAAUUAUUUCAAAACUGAACUACCUAAGCAAAUUUCUCUUUUUUUGUGAAUGCUUCUGAAAAACCCUUUCAGAUAAAACAGGACAAAGGGGAACAGGUAUUUAUAUAUAUAUGGCAUAAAAACAUAUUUUCUAUCGGUGUUAAAAAUGUAAACCUUUCACUGAAUGAAUCUUAAACCAGAUGCUGGUUAAGGUUGGCCCUAAAUGAUUCUGAGUGUUCAGAUAAAAGGGCCUGGCAGCACUAAAUUGUCAUUAUUGAACUUAUGAUGCUUUUUGUCAUAAUUUAAGAUAUUGCAUCUUAUUUAAAUGUAUAUAUAUGUAUGUUUUAAAAUAAUCUUAAUCUUCACAAGGAUUUUUGAAGCACAUAUUUCUGUUGUUAAGCUGUGAAUGUUUAAUAAAACUGAAACUGAAAAAAAG